CUCGACAUAAUUGUCAUCAAAUCAGUUUGGGUUACGGUCUUUAACGUAUACUACGGUACUAUGGCCAAAAUGAUUUCCAUUUAUACGCUCUUCGUUUUAAGCAUACUGCAUGCUCAUGCUGCUCCUCAAGGUGCACCAAUUUCUCAGAAUUAUUAUAAUCCACCACCGGACGUACCUCCAACUUCAUACCCUGCUGCAGCAGCACCAGCUGACACACCAUUUGCAUACCAAGGGUAUCCACCCAACUUCUACCCCGGGAAUACACCUAAAACUCCCCCGUUCUACCCUGGCUUCAAAAAUUCCAACUACCCCGUUCAUCCGAUUCCUAACAAUCCCGUCCCAAUAGUCCCCUUAACUCAACCAGCACAAACUGUUCCAGUUCAAUUACCUAUAACACAAAGUGUUCCAAUAGCAAGCCCACUGCCCUUACCUCAACCCAUUGUACCAAAUGUUCUAAUACCAACAACAACCGACACUAGUAAUUCGUCUGGAAACGCUUAUGCCAUAAGCGUUACCAGGCACAUUUUUAGGCACAGAGCACCUAAAAAUGAUGUUGUUGUAACUAUCACUUAUAGUUACAACUACGGAUCUGGAUAUGACUCUGGCUCCGCUUCAGCUAGUGGAAACACGUUAGGAACUAGCUCUGGCUCUGGUUCAGGAUCACGCUCAGGCUUACGAUCAUGCUUAGGCCCAGGAUCAUGUUCAGGCAAAGGCUCAGGCAGAGGCCCAGGAUCAUGCUCCGGCCCAGGAUCAUGUUCAGGUGCAGGAUCAGGCUCAGGCACAGGAUCAUGCAGAGGCACAGGAUCAUGCUCAGGCAUAAACUCAGGCCCAGGCCCAGGAUCAUGCUCAGAUACAGGAUCAUGCUCAGGCUCAGGAUCAGGCUCAGGCUCAGAAUCAUGCUCAGGCACAUCAUCAUGCUCAGGCUCAGCAUCAGGCUCAGGCUCAAGAUCAUGCUCAGGCACAUCAUCAUGCUCAGGCUCAGGAUCAGGUAAACGCCCAGGAUCAUGCUCACAGCCAGGAUUAUGCUCAGCACCAGGCUAAGGCUCAUGCUUAGGGACCAGCACAAGAGGAACUAGCUCUGGCUCUUUUAGGUAGAUAAAUUUUGUACGAUUUCUGUCUACAGAUCCGUAUAACGCUAUCAAUUUAGAUUAUACUAAACCGAUAUUUAUAAAUAAGCAACCAUUUUAAAAAUUGAUGUAUUGAACCAGAAAUAUUACGUUAUACUCGGAAAUUAAUAUUAAAAUCUCGGAAAUUAAUUUAAUGCCAGCAUCGGCUGUGGAGCGACCUCUUGUAAAACCAUACUGCUGGCUAUGCAUAAGUUUAUUAUUAUAAAAUGUAUCAAUCAAGAAUAAUUUUUGUAACGAUUUUACUCAAUGCAGGCCGCACAGAUAUGGGUCUAAAAUUUGUGGGGUCAAAAGUGCUGCCCGUUUUGAAUAACGGUGAUUUUACUUAGCUUCAUCUGGUCUGGAAAGACUCCACAAUCUAUACAUUCAUUAAAUAUUAUAGCUAACUCUGAACUGAUAGCAUUGAUUACUGGUUGUAAGAUAAAUACAGAUUCAGCCCAAAGA